AUGAAGAACGCGAAGCAGCGCGUGGAUGAGGGCCAAGAAUAUGUGGUUGAAAAAAUUCUCAAUAAACGUGUUCGCAAUGGUGUCACAGAAUAUUUUCUGAGUUGGAAAGGAUUCCCCGCUUCUGAAAAUACUUGGGAGCCAGAGGAGAAUCUCGACUGUCCUGAUCUUAUCCGGGUAUGCCAUUAUUUUACCGUUUUUUUUUUUUUUAAAUUUUUUUGUUCACAUAAAAAUAAAGAAGCUUUCGAGGAGGCUGCUCGUGCCAAGAAGCAAGAAGAAGAGACUGCAAUGUGCUCUGGCCUUGAACAGGGCUUGGAUCCGGAAGAAAUUUUGGGUGCGACAAGUGUCGGUGGACAGCUGACAUUCCUGAUCAAAUGGAAGGGAUCCGAACGAGCCGAUAUGGUUCCGGCUGCAGUUGCCAACAAAAAAUGGCCGCAGCUUGUCAUCGGUUUCUAUGAAGCUCGUAUACAGUGGAAGGAGUCCACCCCCUAA